AUGGUUGAGUCGGAUACACCCGGGGAAAUAGAUUGGGAAACGAUUCUCCCGCUUCAUCGUCCAGCGGAGAUUGUCGUCUCAAGUCGAAAUCAGAAGGAACUUUUCCUGUAUGACGUGAAUGGACGUCGUAGCAACGCGUUGACGAAUUACCAGGACAGCCUCUCGGACGACGAAAUUAUUCCUGAAUCAGAAGGAGAAGCGUCGGAUGAAAUGCCAACGACAGAUGAAAUGGCUGAAGAAGAGGAGACCGAUUUGAUUGCGAAAGAUGGGGAUUUGGACUAUGAGGACGUCAUCAGGGCUGCACAUGACAUCAGCAUGGAAAUCACAGGUGAUGUCAGUCUGGCUGGCAUUGGGACCACAAGUGACUAUGAAGAUGACUGGAGGGAGGAAGCUGCUCCAUCUCUUCAGGGUUACCGAUACCAGUAUGACAGCACUGGGGAGCAGGAGCACAACUUUCACAAUAUCCCUGGUGUUUCGGCUCCUGGUGCUGGCGCCGGAGGCGAGGGAGAGGACUUUGAUGAAUUUCAGCAGGGUGCUGGUGGUCAGCCGUCCACGCUGGCAGCACGAGGUGUUGAUGAGAGUGGGGCGAGUAGAGCAGACAAGCAGGGCCAUGGCAAGCUGGUUGCAGAGCAAUACCGGUACGAGGACAGUGAUAAGGUAUUCCAUCUGGAAGCAGCAGCAGUUGUUGACAAGAGAAGCAGGGGAAUGGGACCAUGA